AUGGAGGAGACAUCAGAGAAGAAGGUUACACAGGGAACAACACUCUUUGAUUGUCUUUGUAAUCCUUGCAGUUUUGUCCAUGAAGCUGUGAAGGCUAUGCUAAAGUGUUUGGGUUUUGAAUCUGAAACUGAGGCUGUGGACACUUCUAGUUCUUCAAGUUCAGAUCACCAAGAAGACAAGAAGGUCACCAAUGAACCAAGCUCCCAAGGCCAAGGGUCUUCUUCAACAACUGGACAAGCUAUAGAUCCAAUUUCAGCAGCAGAUCCAACAGUUGAUCCACCUGAAGCAAUGGCUUCUGGAAUGCCUACAAGGCCACCGAUUAAUACAGGAAGAGGUCCUCAGACUAACACCAGCACCUCUUAG